AUGUCCUCCUCCUCACAACCACAACCACCCAACAACUUUAUUCCAUACAAUAAACGUGCUCAAGCCAUCAAUGAAGAUACCAUUGUUGCUCACUCUGGUCACAUCAAUACCAUGAAUCUCAUUCGAGAUCAUAAUGGUGCCAUUGUGUGUGAUCUUGGUAGUAGUAUGGUCAAAGCAGGUCUCGCUGGUGAAUCCUUUCCAAAAGCAGUCUUUCCAACUAUUAUUGGAAAACCAAAACAACAUGUUGAUACUCGUAAAUUAUUUGGUGCUAGAGACAAGAUGAAUCAACAUCAAUCACAUUUUGUUGGAUUAGAAUCUCAUCAUCGGAAAGGAAUUUGUGAACUUUCACAUCCCAUUCAACGAGGUGGUAAAUCCAUUCACAACAAUUGGGAUGGAAUUGAACUCUUAUUAGAACAUAUUUAUCAUUUCCAUUUACGUGUGAAUCCAAAAGAACAUCCAAUUUUAUUGACUGAACAACCAUUCACAUCUGUGACACAUCGUCAGAAAUAUAUCGAAUUAUUGUUUGAGAAAUUUCAAUCACAUUCUCUCUUUUUUACCAUUCAAGGUUUAUUAUCCAUUUAUGCAAGUGGUGAUUUAGAUGGAAUUGUUUUGGACAGUGGUGAUGGUAGUACUCAUGUAGUUCCAGUAUUUGAUGGAUAUCCUCAAACCUAUGCCAUGGCAAAGGGUGAAUUGGCAGGAUGUGAUAUUACACAUCAUCUCACUCAACUCAUGCUUCAACAUUCGGGUUAUGAUUUUACACAUAAUAGUGCAUCAUUGGAUUUUGUAAGAGAUGUUAAAGAAUCUUCAUGUUAUGUGGCACUGAAUUAUGAUCAUACCAUGAAAUUAUAUGAAGAAUCCAUCAAGAAGAGAAAGCAAAGUGAUACUCAAAGUGAUACUCAAAGUGGUAAUAAUGGUGGUAGUAAUGGUAAUAAUAAUGGUAGAAAUGAUGAGAAGAGUCGAUUGGGAAUGGAUUCCUUCAAUGCUCAAUUCCAAUUACCCGAUGGUUCCAUCAUUGAUAUUGAUCGAGAGAGAUUCCAAUCGUGUGAAAUUCUCUUUCAACCCAACUUGAUUGGUUCUGAAGAGUUGGGUAUUCAUCAACUCUUGAAUCAAUCCAUUCAUCAAUGCAAUAUGGAUAUUCGUAAAUUCAUGUACAAGAAUAUCAUUUUGAGUGGUGGUAAUACAUUGGUGAAGGGAAUUCAAGAGAGACUCACCAGAGAAAUGUCUCGAAUGGUCGGUGGUGCUGUGAGAUUGCGUAUUGUUGCACCACCAGAACGUAAAUAUUCAGUUUGGAUUGGAGGAAGUAUUAUUUCAAGUUUGAGUUCAUUCCAAGAUCGAUGGAUUAAGAGAUCAGAUUAUGAAGAGUAUGGUUGUGAUUUAUUGAGUAAAAUGUUAUUCCAUUAA